AUGUCUUUUGUCAGUCUGAUUGGGAAGAUCACAUUACACAUCCCACUGAGUCGACUUCGAAGUGAGCCAUGGGUCAUCUCCAUAGAGAAACUCUUCCUGGUGGCAGGCCCCCUGACUGACAUGAAGUAUGACCAUGAUCAGAAGGAGACGGAGCGGAGUGCCAAGGCAGACAUGUUGGAUGCUCUGGAGGCCAAAUGGCAGGUUCAGCGCCAAGGAAAAAAUCCAGAUUAUGCCUCUUCUUCUUCCUGGUUCUCAUAUGGGACAUCCAUGGCUGCCAAUGUCCUGGAGAAUAUUCAGCUACACGUGAAGGAUGUACAUAUCCGAUAUGAAGACGAGCACCUCAAUCCAUCCUGUCCCUUUGCUUGCGGUAUCACCAUCCAGAACCUCAGUGCACAGAGCACAGACAAGAGCUGGUUGUCCAAGUUUGUGAGCCGCUCAGAGAGCGACAUUAUGUACAAGCUGGCUGACCUGAAGGACUUCUCUGUGUACUGUGAUACCAACGCCACCAUGCUGGGAGACCUCUCCAUGUCAGACCUUGCAGAUGCACUUCAGCGUGGCAUGUAUGUAUCCACUGCUGACGGCAACUUCCACGACCACGCAGUACAUGUUAAACCCAGUGAGUGUGCCAAGGCUCAGAUCAAACGGCGCAGCACCACCCUCCCGCUCGGUCAGCCUCCACCCCCAGGAUCAGUGUGGACAUAA